CGAUGCGGCGCACAGCUCCGGGACGCCGGAGCCUAUGAGCGGCGGCACGCCGCCCCGUCGGCUCUCGGGCAGCGCAGCGCAGGGGGGGCAGCUAGCGGAGAGCCGCCGGGGCGAGCGCGGGCGGGCGGCCGAUGCCAGCGGCGCGGAGGCGCGGCAGGAUGUGAGCGGGGCGGCCGAGCAUCGCGGAGCGGGACGGCGGAGCGGAGCAGCCAUGCCCUGCUGAGGAGCCGCGCAGGAUGUUCGGGCUGGAGCAGUUCGAGCCGCAGAGCAGCAGCCGGAGCGGCGGACAGGCGGAGCGGGGCUUCGGCCAGCCCGGACUGAGCAUGAGCGCGCACUUCAAGGCGCCGGCCUUCCCCGGUGGCGGCCCGGCGGCAGCGGCGGCGGUGGACCCGGCCCUGGGCGCGCUGGGAGAGCCGCCCCUCCUGGGCAUGAACAUGAGCCUGCCCGCGGACGCCUACGGGUUCCCGGGCCGCGGCCCCGCCGAGCUGCACGGCGGCGGCAUGCAGCCGCCGGUGCACGGCUUCUUCGGCGGGCAGACGGCGCACGGCGGCCACGGCGGCGGCCACCACCCGCACCAGCACCCCCCGCACUUCGGCGGUAACUUCGGGCCCGACCCUGGCGCCUCCUGCGUGCACGGCGGCCGGCUCCUGGGCUACAGCGGCGCGCUGGGCGGGCAGACGGCGUUCGCCGACGGCUACGAGCACAUGGCCGACGGCCAGGGAGGCGAGGGCUUCGGGCAGCAGCGCCCCGGGAACCUGCCCGACUUCCAGCACCACAGCGCCGGCGGCUCCAGCCACGCAGUGCCGGCUCCCUGCCUGCCCCUCGACCAGUCCCCCAACCGCGCAGCCUCUUUCCACGGGCUGCCGGCGGCCGGCUCCUCCGAGCCCCACGGCCUGGAGCAGCGGCGGCUGCCCGCGCAGGGCAGCGUGGACUCGCUGGAAUACAAUUACCCUGGCGACGGCCCCGCCGGCCACUUCGAGCUGCCCGUGUUCUCACCGUCGGAGCCCGAGGGGCAGCUGCCGCACUAUGGUGGCGGGCGGCAGGUGCCAGCGGGCGGCAACUUCGCCGGAGCACCCGCCCUGCCUCGAGCACCGGGCAUGGCCGUGGCCAAGGCGCACCCGCCACAGCAGCACGGCGUCUUCUUCGAGCGCUUUGGGGGGACGCGGAAGAUGUCCGCAAGCCUGGAGCCGGGGGCCAGCGCCAGGCACCCGCUGAUGCAGCAGCAGCAGCAGCCACCGCAACCGCCGCAGCAGCCGCCGCCGGGCUUGCUGGCCAGACAGAACUCCUGCCCGCCAGCCAUCCCUAGGCAACAGCAAACAGAAGCCAACGCUCCCAACCCCAACCUGCAGGACAAUGGGCCCAUAAUGCAGAACCAGCAUGCACAGUUUGAAUACCCUAUUCACAGACUGGAGAACAGGAAUAUGCAUCCCUACACCGACCCCGUGUUUAAUAUGCAGCACCCUCCUCCGCCACAGCCACCAAAUCAAAGACUGCAGCACUUCGAUGCCCCUUACGUGAGCGUCGCCAAGAGGCCGCGGUUCGACUUCCCUGGCAACCCUGGCGUCGAGCGCUGCACCUCCUGGGGCAGCGGCAUGCAUGGCCCAGCCAUGGAGAGCCACCUCUCCCCAACGGCCUACCCCGGCCUGCCUGGCGACUUCACUCCGCCGGCACCCGAGGCCUUCGGGGGGCCGCUGCCACAUGGUGGCCCCGAGCACCCGGCCCUGGCGCAGCGCCAGAACGCGGCGCUGGUGAUGAAGCAGAUGGCCUCGCGCAGCCAGCAGCGCCUGCGGCCGCCCAGCCUGCAGCAGCUGGGGCACCACGGUGAGGUGGGCCCGCCCAGCGGCCUGCCCCCGCCUGCCUUCGAGCGCGAGGCCAGCAGCGGCCGUGGCUUCGACCCGCCAGCACCGCAUCUGGCCCCCGAUAGCGCCUGGUUUGCGGGGCCGCCGCCACCCGGGGAGCUGCUGCCACGGCGCAUGGCGGCACCGGGGCUGCCGGCCGAGGCGGCCCCCCACGAGCUGGGUCUACAGCCGGGCAGCACUGCCGUGCUGUUCCGGCCGGGCGCCAGCGGGCUGGGGCUGCAGGAGCCGCUGCGGAUGGCAGGCGAGGGACCAGCACAGGCCCUGCCCUCUCCUGGCGUCCACCAGCCCUUCGCGCCUGCCAUGGGUGGCCUCUCGCAGCUGCAGUCGCCGGGCGGUGGCGUGGCACUGCCCAGUGCACCUGCCGAGCGCCGUGGCCCUGCUGACUUCGCUGCCCAGCCCGGCUUCCCCUUCGCGGCAGCGGCGCGGCAGCCAGCGGCCCACGGGGCUGGGCCCGCGCUCAGCGCCUCGCCAGGCGCGUACCCGCCAGCCCCGUCCGAGUUCCCCCCACCACCGCCGCCGCGGCCCGCCGCCAGCAAGCUGGGCGCCCUCUCCCUGGGCUCCUUCAGCAAGCCGGCCAGCAAGGACAACGUCUUCGGGCAGAGCUGCCUGGCCGCCCUCUCCACCGCCUGCCAGAACAUGAUCGCCAGCCUGGGUGCCCCCAACCUCAACGUCACCUUCAACAAGAAGAGCCCGGCCGAGGCCAAGCGCAAGCUCAGCCAGGCCGAGCCCGACCCGCCGCCGCCUGCCGCCCAGGACUACUUCCCACCAGGGCCGCCAGCUGGUGGGGGAGCCGCAGGCAAGGCGCCGGGCACGGCCCCGCUGCUGCCCGCCGAGAGCAGCCUCUCGCCCGGCUUCGCGCUGGAGCCGGCGGCUGGCGGCGAGGGGAAGGCGGGUGGUGGGCGGGGGCGGGGCCGCCGGAAACGGGACAGCGGGCACGUCAGCCCCGGCACCUUCUUCGAGAAGUUCUCGGCCACCGAGGGCAGCGGGGCCGGUGUCAGCCCGGGGCAGCCGGCGGCCGCGGGGGGCCCGCCGGGGGCCGCGGGCACAGAGCGUGGUGGGGGCACCCCCCAUGACAAGCCCCUGACCUCGCCAUCCUGGGGCAAGGGCGGCGAGCUGCUGCUGGCGGAGCAGCCCGACCUGAUGUCCUCCCUGGACAGCGGCAUCCAGAGCGUGACCAAGUCGGACGGCAGCUCCCCGCACGUGGACUUUCCCGACGAGGUCAGCACCAGCUACGGCAAUGAGGACGAGGUGUCCUCCAGCUCCGACAACGCCGCCUCCAAGCCCACCCGCAGCCCGCUGCUGGGCGGCUCGCCCAAGCUGCCCCGUGGGGAGCACGCACUUCUCAACGGACAGAAGCCCCUGGCCCUUGGCCUCCUCAGUACGUCUACCUCGACCCCUGACAGCUAUGGGCUCAGCACCACAGCGGGCGCACACCCUGGCACGCCGAGCAUGGAGCAGGUGCGGACCCCCACCAGCACCUCGGCCCAGGAUGAGAUCCACCCCCUGGAGAUCCUGCAGGCGCAGAUCCAGCUCCAGCGGCAGCAGUUCAGCAUCUCGGAAGACCAGCCCUUGGGGCUGAAGAGCAAGAAGGGGGAGUGCGCAGGGCAGAACGGGGACAGCGACCUGGGCAGCUGCUGCUCAGAGGGCGUCAAGGGCCCCAUGAGCACCAUCGACCUGGACUCCCUCAUGGCGGAGCACAACUCCACCUGGUACCUGCCUGGUGAGAAGGCCCUGAUGGAAGGGCAGGAGGAGGACAAGCCCAUGGUGCCCUGGGAGAAGCCCAAGCCCCCGAAUCCCAGCAAAGAAGCCCACGACCUUCCCCCGAGCAAGACGUCGGCGGCGCAGACGGGCAGCCACCUGCAGUGCCUCUCGGUCCACUGCACGGACGACGUGGGCGAGGCGAAGGGCCGGACUGCGGUGCCGACGUGGAGGUCCCUGCACUCGGACAUCUCCAACAGAUUUGGAACUUUCGUGGCCGCCCUGACUUGAACAAAAGAAAUUAUUUUUUUUCUCUUUUUAAUUUCAAAGGGCCGCUACUGCUAGGUGGACUAUUUUUCUAGGUUGGUACCUGCUUAGUGGCAUAUGGACUGGAAAGGGUUAAUUUAAAGUAAACCUCAAGUUUUUUUUAAUCGUCUGCCACAGUAUGUUACCAGUGUUAACCCUUCUGCAGUUAGCACACUUUUGCUUAAGAUUUUCCUGCUAGACCACUUUCUCCCAUUAUUCUGUAACCUUGGCAUACAUUCAUAGAUGAGGCCUUUUCCUUUUUCAUCUCAGCGUAUGUCCAAGUCAUGUAUGUCAUAAUAAGACAAAGCUCCUCCUCCUCAUUUGCUUUGUUUUUCCUUUUUUUUGUUUUGUUUUGCUUUGUUCAGUGCUUAUUACAAUGGUGAUCCUGAAGAACAGCAGUUCAGGAAUAAACGCCGGUUAAAGUGAAA